GCGUGUGUGUGUCUGUGCAUCUCGGGCGAACCUGUGAAGCUAACCUGGAAGAGGCAGCAAGCAGAAGCAAACACACUGCGGGCCAAUAGAGGCCGUCGUGCCCCACAGGGUUGUUGUGUUGUGUGUUGCACAGUGAAUUGAUUUCUGUCCACCGAGCAAAAGCGACCCAUUGCCAUUGUUGCCUUCCCGUCAAGAAGGAGUGUACGUGUGUCUGUGCGCGAACGGUCGCCAAAAAAAUAAAAAAAAACCCUCCGGGAGCAGCUUCUUCUGGUUUGGUGGAAAAUUCUUCCAUUUUUCACCGGGAACUCCAAAAACCACACACUCACACAAACUCACACACACAGGGUUUUUUGUCCCGUGGCGUGAAAGCGAAAGCGGCGUGGUGUCGGAAAUAACCAAGUGCAAGCAAAAAAAAGUGUCAAAAAGUGAAUAAAAAAGAAAGAAAAAGUGCAAGAUAAAGGCAGCUAAUCAACAGCAACAACAACAAAAGUGUGAAACAAAAGUGCAAAAAAUAGAAAUGACCAGAAUGCGAUAAAUGUAAUCCCCUUCAUCUCGUAGUGAGCAAGGAGAGUGAGCAAUCGCACCCGGGCAAAAGUGUUGCAAAACAAGACACGAAACAACGCAAGUAGCUAAAAGGCACAAUCACAAACAAGCACAAUAACACAAACGCACACAAAUAGAAGAGAAAAGAAGAAAGAAAAAGAAAACAUGGGUUGUGAAUUAACAAAGCUGGCCAGCAGUAGCAAUGGGAGCAAUUCGAAGACCAACAAUAUGCCGAGUCUGGACGCUUGCGGGCCACCGCCAGUGGACAGCCGGUUACCGCUGACGGCGAAACAGAAAUACACGAUGGUCGCCUCCUGGAAGGGCAUCAGCCGUGCGAUGGAAACGACCGGGAUCACCAUGUUUAUCAAAUUGUUCGAGGAACAUGCGGACCUGUUGAACAUGUUCACCAAAUUCAAGGAGCUAAAGACGAAGGAGCAGCAGGCCACGUCCGAGGAGCUGCAGGAGCACGCGAACAAGGUGAUGAACACGCUGGACGAGGGCAUCCGGGGGCUGGACGAUUUGGAUACGUUCUUCGAGUUCAUCCACCAGGUCGGUGCGUCCCAUCGGCGCAUACCCGGCUUCAAGCAGGAAUAUUUUUGGCGCAUCGAGGAACCGUUCCUGUCGGCCGUGUCGACCACGCUCGGCGAUCGGUACACGCAAAACGUGGAAGGAAUUUACAAGCUCACCAUCAAGUUCAUCAUCGAAACGCUGGUAGCGGGCUACGAAGCAAGUGCCAACAACAAUGUCGACAACACCACCACCUCGAGCAGUACACCCGCCACCAAACUACCGGACGAACCGAACCGAGCAUCCUGAGCGCGCUAGAGUGGCGCAGAACAAACUCCGAGUGGUGUUAGGAUAAUGGUGGCUUCCCGUUCGUUCCCAGCUUCCCACAGUUCCCUACCGCAAUGUGUAGGUCCUUGGUAGAGGACAUCGGAAGGGGCGAGCGUCCCAACAAGAACAACUCCCGACGUAUGAGCGAUGUGUAGCGGAGAUAUGCCAUUAUCGAAAUCGUCGUCGUCGUCGUCGUCGUCAUCGUUUGUAGACUUAACGGUAGCAGUGGUAGAACACAGCCACCGUGUUCUAGCAAAAGCAUCAUCACGGAUGGGUCGAACAUUUGCGAAGAAACAAAAACAAAACAGGCAGUAUUAGUAAGCAGACAGACCGACACAAAAAUAUCAUUUUAUAGUGAGAAAUACCAAAAAAAAAGAAACGAGGACUACGUUGCCUCUUCCUCAGAUUAAAUUCCGUAAGCGCGCGUGAGUGUGUGAAUGUUCCCGAGCUUCGAACGGGGCAGCAGUUUGCACAGGUAUUUACAUCCGGCUCGGAGCGGCCAUUGUCGGGGAAUGGCGUCGGGGACCGACCGAACUAUAUUGAUGGUGGUUUAGAACCAUGCGACAGCAUAUGUGUAAAAUUUCGAUAAAUUAUUCAAACAGAAAGAUGACACGGAGCAAACGGAGACUAAAAUAUUAGUGACACAUACCGAGAGAGCUCGAGAGAGAGAGAGAGAGAGAGAGAGAGAGAGAUGAAUAAUGGAAUCAGCACGGGCAUUCCUAAGAAUUGAUCGUUUGACCAUCAGCCUUAAUGUGAAGAACAAAGUACGGAGGAGAAAACUGAGAGCAAAAGUCACAUAAUGAUGAUUAUGAUUGUAAGUAAACUUAGUAUUAGAGAAUGAAAUCGAUGAGAGGAAGAAAAAACCCCAUGAAACCGUAUCCCUAUCAAAACGGAACGAAAGAUGAUCGAUAUUUGCUGGCUCUUCUUAAAAGCAACGAGCGAAUUUUGCCAUUCGCAUUGCAUACUUUCAGGCAAAAUGUUGCUUAAAGUAUGCAGUUUGUAAAAUUUCUCCCUUUUAAGAAACAAAUAUUACAGCUUUCGAUCAGUUUUCAGCCACAUCCACAACCCUCAAACUUAUCAUGCGUGUAGCAGUUUUCUGUUCGUAAGUGUGCCUGAGUAUUGUGAAAUGUAUCACGGCGGAUUGUUUGGGAUUGAGAUUGAGAUUUCUUUCCGGUGAACAGAAGAAAAAGGGAACCUUGCCCCAUAUGUAGCUUUAUCGGUCGCGUUAUUCUAGAUCCGAAUGUGGAUCAUCAAGCAAACCCCGUUUAACGCAAGCUUGCUUCUUCAACAAAUCGGCAGAGGCGCUGCGCAAAUUUAUUACGCGAUAUUACGUUGCACAAAGGCAUAAAUGAUGAUUCCGGUUUCAAUUGCAAUUUGUUAAAGCACAAAAAGAAAGAGGCAAAUAGUGCUGAUUGUUAAAGGCCUGGAGAGAGAGAGAACCCAUAAACACGGGCGCACACCAACAUCAUCCAGUAGAUGGGUUACGACGAGUGAGUGUAGCUGAUCCUAUUUUUAUAUUCACGCCGUGCAUCAUGUGUCCAGAUUUUGUGCGCUUCAACCAAAAAAGGCAGAAUAUCGCAGAUCUCUUAGCAAAAGAAAAAUAGUACUUCGUACUAGCGACAUGCGUGUUGAUGGCAACCGGGAGGGUGGUAGUAAAUAGUAAAAGAAAAUCCUUUGCUAAAAUAAGUUCACUUCAAUCAAGCUUGUUGAAAAGGAAGCAACACAAGCUGUUCCUCAGAGCAGUCAACAAUCACAUGGGCAUUGAUUUCAACACGCAAUUGCAUAACUUUCGGCGCGCACAGGUACUAAGUGCGCCUAAAGUAUGCAAUCUGCCUGUUGUUUGAUGAACAGUUUGUGUCUCCCUUUUUUUUAUUUUCUCCCGUUUGAGGAGAAUCCAUCAACAAUCAUCGGCCACAGCAUCGAUGUGGUACAGUAGACACGCGAGCAACUAAGUAGAUAAAUCGAUCAAACCAAAAACCCCCGGACGUUACAGCGGGCGUAACGGUAAAUUGCAGAUGGUGGAAGCUGUAGCUGAUAUUUUCAUCUGACGCUCGCUGUGAAGCUUUAGUGGUGCGAGGAAGUGAUCGACAACGUCACGUCCCAACAUCAAAAUGGUAGGGUUAUUCGUUACCCGUAGUGCAUAAAGCAAACAUAAAAAAGUAGUGUGGCGAAACCAGUGGCGCUAAACAGUGAACGGUGUAUAGCAAAGAAACGCGAUCAAAUCAGCAAAAUCGUGCGUAGAAGUAGUGAAUAAAAGUAAACAAAAAAAAACACACACACACACAAGAAAUAUUGUUCCAAGAAAACCAAGCAGCGCGAAGAGAAUAGAAAACAAAAGUGGAAGAUAGCAGUAGUGGUAAAGUAACGAAUCAAAACAAAACAAAACCAAGAAAAUAUUAUACAUAGAAACAGGUAGCUACACAGUGCUGUAAACUGUAAGUGAGAACAACCGUGGACGGGAGGACGGAGCGUUGAACCAUUUUUUAUACAAAAAGCAGCAAAACCAAGUGAAAACCCUGUUGGCGACGAAAGAGCGUUGGGCGAGCUUGAUGAGUUCCGGAUUAAACGGCUACCAUUAAUCUCGAUCUCGUAAGGCCGCCAUGUUGGAUGUAUUUGUACAAUAAACAAACAGAACAAACGCAAGCUGGAAACAAGGAUGGAAAGGGCGCAGUAACGGGCAAACAUUUGGCGCGCGACGGAAGUCGGCACAUGUGCGCGGGAAGAAAUCACAAUUGGACGGAUACACAAAAUUGAAUGCAAAAGUUUUCCAUUUUUAUAGCGCGACGAGCUUUGAGACGAGUAACACAAAUUGGCAAUAAUAAAUGAAAUCACCACUUUUUUGUUGGAUUUUCCGUUUAGGAAAAUGAUGAAACCCGUGCGGGAAGGAUGGGUUUGCGAGAACCGGACGGCGUACGAUAUUAACCAGAUGAAGCAAAUGGAAGGAAAGAAGAGGGAGAGAGAAAAAACACACACACAUACACAAAAAAGGAAAAAGUAGUGUAACUAGCGAGACAAGACGAUGAUGCCCUUUUAUGAUGAUUUUUUCGGUUUUGGAAACUAAUUUUCAAUACAAUACAAUCACUUGCUUUACAAAGCGCAAAACCAAUAUCCACUCACGGAAAACAGCUACCGUAAUGCAGACAAAUCACACCGAAACUAAGGCCACGAUACACGAUAGGAGCGGAAGAAAAAACCAACACAAAACAAAUGUCAAAGGCUGAAGUUCACUAUCCCUGGUAAUUUUUUUACAGGAAGUGAUCAUCUUCAAACGGAACCUCAACUGUUUUCAAUUUUGGAGUUCAUUUACUUUCCCCAAAACCCUCACCCCCACCCACAGGCAUCCCCAACAAGCUGCAAUUCCUUUUUUUCGCACUUUUUUACAAACGCUUUCGAGAAACCCAACAUAUAAUAAGGUCAAUUAGAUGGUAACAGCCCGAAAGCAGCAGCUAAGACGAGCAAACCGAUCAUUCCAUUCCCGGAGUUCCCGAAGUCGGACAAACACGGCACAACAAACAGGCACUCGAAUGUCCUUCUCCCGGCUAUCCUGCACCAUCAUCCGGACCCUGUAAAAUCCAUUUUUGCGUCACUUAACGCUUCCCAAAACCUAAAGGAGGCUACACGUACAAACAAAAAGAUGGUUAUCAAGCAAGGGAGAGAUUUACACCAGGGUCUGCAUCGGGAAUGGGUUAAAGAUAGACGCACAACUGGGCAAACCCACUUGGACCACCCACACAGACACACAGUAUUUCCAACCAAAAAAAGAAAACGGUUUCCGGAAGCCGAAGCGACCGCUCGCUCGCAAAACUGUUUCGUGUCUGCAGAAACAAAUCUUCUGACACUUCUGAAAACACAUGACACAUAAUUGUACCGAUUUAAACACACGUACACACACACACUGAGAAUCACACAAGAGAAAUGAAAAAUAAAACGGAAAAUGAUAUUGUAUUGUACAAGAGUAUAGUAAUAAAAAUAUUUCGUAAAUGUGCUUUAAA